UACUCAAGCUAAACUGACGUUGCAGCAAAAAGCACCUAGCAUACUGGCUAAAUGUGUAAACCUGGUUGACUGGCACUUUUAAACUUAAUUUAUGACCGCUUUUGUGAUUACUUUGCUCGCUAGUAUGAGGAUUCAGUGGAACGACGAUGCCUCCUGAGUCUAAACAUUGUCGUGUCAAGAUUUAUUAAUUAUUUCUUUGAAUUUUGGACAUCACAACUGCUGGAGGAAAUACAACUGGCGAGCGCGGCUGCUUGGAGUUCCAGCGUCAGCCUGUAGUGCCAGAGGUGGGAUGGAUCCUCUGGGUGCUCGCUCCCAGUUCGUGGACAUCCAGAAUCUCCCCACGUGGCAGCAGCAGCUGGAUGAGGAUGGCGAGGAGACACCGCUGGAGCAGAGUGACAGCCUGCUCAGCCAGCAGGCCUUCCCCUCGCCUUUCCCCUUCAGACCAGACAUCAACCGCAAGAUCAUCCUCUUCUGUGGUGACAUCGCCCUGCUGAACUGCACCGCCAUCUUGAACACCAGCAACGAGUCGCUAAACGACAAGAACCCGGUGUCUGACAGCGUCCAUCAGCUGGCAGGGCCCGAGCUGCGAGACGAGCUGCUCAAACUCAAAGGAUGUCGGACAGGUGAGGCGAAGCUGACCAAAGGCUUCAACCUGGCAGCGAGGUUCAUCGUCCACACAGUGGGACCAAAGUACAAAGCCAAAUACAGGACGGCAGCGGAGAGCUCGCUCUACAGCUGCUACCGAAACACGAUGCAGCUGGCUGUAGAGCAGUCAAUGGCAUCUAUUGGCCUCUGUGUGGUGAGCACGACCAAAAGAGGUUACCCACUGGAGGACGCUACGCAUAUGGCUUUCAGAACAGUGCGCAGGUUCCUGGAGAAUCAUGGAAACAGCCUGGAGACGGUGGUGUUCGCAGUGUCAGACACAGAAGAGCGGCUGUACAAGAAGUUACUGCCUCUGUAUUUCCCUCGCUCCGAGCAAGAGGAGAGGACCUGUUUGCCUCUCAUCCCAGCUGACAUUGGCAACUCUGAGGGUGAACCCGUUGUCCCAGAGAGACAGAUCCGCAUCGCAGAGAAACCAGGCACCCUGGAAGAUGAUUCGGAAGAGGAGAGUCUGGAGUCAGAUCUGGGUCAGGUGGGGAAUCACGCAUUCGCCCGGAUGGAGGGUGAUGUGGACAAACAGCGCAAACAGAUCCUGCAGGGCCAGAUGUCAGAGGCGGCCAUCCACAAACAACACCAAAGGAAUUACAAUCGCUGGCUUUGUCGCGCAAGAGCAGAGGAUCUGUCAGACAUCGCUGCACUGAAAGCCUUAUAUCAAACUGGUGUAGAUAUGUGUGGCAGGACAGUGAUGAUUUUGGUUGGACGAAACAUCCCAGUGACCCUUAUCGACAUCGAAAAGGCCCUGCUGUACUUCAUCCAUGUGAUGGACCACAUCACAGUGAAGGAGUAUGUGAUGGUUUACUUCCACACGCUGACCGGCGAGCACAACCACCUGGACUCCAACUUCCUCAAGAACCUCUACGACAUCGUGGAUACGAAGUUUAAAAAGAAUUUAAAGGCCUUCUACUUUGUACAUCCAACAUUUCGCUCUAAGAUUCAGGGAAUCUAG